AUGGCAAAGGUGAAAGUUCAGGAACAUAUCCAUCAGCAGCCUGUCACGAAAGGACGAUCUUGGAAGAUACAACUGACAGCCUCCAGAAGUCUAGCCUUGUCCUAUUGGAUGGUGUCCAGUUUUGCUGGAAUCAGAGAGAGACAGCAAGGGGCAGAACCUGGAUUAGAACCUAGAUACUCUAACUCCAGAACCAGCACUUUUAGCUCAGGCACAAAACUUGAUGUCUCAGUUCCAGAACAGAGAUGCUCCAGCUGCUACCUAGGAAGGCUCUGGCCCAAAUAUUUAGUUAGCAGCCAUUCAGUUAAGUGGAAUUGACUUUUUAUCGGCUUUCCUCUGUACAGCUGCCACCAGCGAAGGCUGUUUCCUCCUUCCCUCUUCUCUGCCUGUCAGU